CCAUUUUGGAGACUGCAGAGAUGUGCACAGAUGGGUCUCUCUGACUCUCUCUGGAUUUUUGGUUCUGUCAUCAGUCACAGUCCACUCCAGACCCAUUUAUCAGGUGUAACACCUGCCUCUCUUUCCCUGAACCAUGAGGAACAUGGAUUACUUCUCCCUCAGCCUGCUCCACAUGGUCUGCUGUUUGGUCUCAGGUAACGCACUUCAAACAACAGACUUGACUCUGGUGAACCCAGAACCCAUGGGGUCCUCAUAUGAUUCUUCCCUCCACUGUGUCAGUGGCGACUGGAGCACCUCAGCACUGCCCAGCAUGGGGCAGGACUUUCCCCUGAAUCUCGAUAACCUGACAGUCACUCAAGACAGAGAGUACAGACUGGCCUCAAAGAUUAGCUGGAAACAGCAAGAUGUGGAUGUCUUUGGGGCUUUCUACUGCAGAAUAAAAAAUGCUGACCCCACAAGUAAUGUGUACACAUUCAAGAUGCUAAGUGAAGCUGCAUUCUACCCAGAAUCUUUAACAAUCACAUCCAGCAUUGGAGAAAACGUCAACAUUUCCUUCACACGCAAGAAAACUGUUGCAGAGGAUGCAAACAUAUUUAAAAACGGCUCCUUCAUGCACUCCGUGCCAAGUUAUGAGAUCUCAGAGACAGUGAGCUACCCGAUCCACUCCGUGGAGACGGAGGACUCUGGGGUCUACACCGUCAGAUACAUGUCUGCGGCCAUCUCCACCUCUGCAAUCACUAGGCUGAUAGUAAGAAAGUGCCCAGCGGGGUCUUGGGGACCUGACUGUUCUCGAACCUGUCCGCUGUGUGUGAAUGGAGGAGUGUGCCAUGACGAUACUGGAGAGUGCCUCUGCCCUCCUGGCUUCAGGGGCCAGACCUGUGAAAUUGUUUGUGGUCAAGGGAAAUUCGGGAGAUCAUGUGGAGAGAGAUGUAAAGACGGCCUCUGUCGCUCUGUGGUGUUCUGCCUCCGUGACCCGUAUGGCUGCUCCUGUGCCACGGGGUGGAGGGGCCUAAACUGCAGUGAAGCCUGCCGCCAGGGUUACUACGGCGCGGGCUGUAAGCUGAGGUGUGACUGCGGUGGCCGAGGGAGGUGUGACCCCUUCCGUGGCUGCGUGUGCAGGGGACGGCAUGGCACUCGCUGUGAGCAUGAAGACCUGCCUUCGCCCAUGGGGGUCACACUGGUUUCGGUGAAUCAGACCUGCCUCAGCCUCUCCUGGGACACAGUGACAGGGCCUCCCAGGGGGGACUGGUCCUACCAGGUGGAGUGCCUACAGAGCUCUGAGCCCGGGAAUUCCAUGACAUACCACCUAUCCAGGAACUCCACAAGCCUGCAUCUGAUGGGACUGAAGCCCAAGCAGAAAUACGAGUGUAAAGUUUGUAUGAAGACCAGUCUCCCUGGACAGUACAGCCAAGCAGUUUCAGCAUGGACCCUCAGCAAUGAGCUGCCACCACCUCCUUUUAACAUCAAGACAUGCAACAUUACUGACACCUCCGCCACCAUCAUCUGGUCUCUGGAGGAGGGCAACUCCAUCUAUACGGUCAUCAUCCGCUUCCAGGACGCCAACCUGGCUGACUACAGCCAGCUGGCGGAAAUCAAUGUGCAGGAACACCCGGCCAUGCAGUUCCAACUGCGAGGCCUCAAGGCUGACACGGCCUACAAAGUGGAAAUCUGGGCCAAGAACAACAUAGGGGUCAGCCAAGACAACCCCAGGAUAGACAUCGUGACCAAGAAACAGCAGGAGAGCUCCUUGUUGAAUGCAUUUGGUGCGGAGGGCAACAUGCUGUUUUUUGCCAUCCUGGGCUCAGCUGGAUUGACCUGCAUCACCAUCCUGCUGGCAUUCUGUAUCGUGCUGCAGCUGAAGAGGGCCUCCUUCCAGCGUAGAAUGGUGCAGGCUUUCCAGAAUGAUGUGAGAGAUGAGGCUGUGGUCCAGUUCAGCUCUGGGUCCCUCAAUAUGAUGAAGAGAUCCAAGAACACAUCAGAGUCUGUGGCCUACCCAGCCCUGGAGUGGAAUGACAUAAAGUUCCAGGAUGUCAUUGGCGAGGGAAAUUUUGGCCAGGUCCUGAAAGCUCGGAUCAAAAAGGAUGGAAUGAGGAUGGAUGCAGCCAUCAAACGAAUGAAAGAAUACGCCUCCAAAGAUGACCACCGGGACUUUGCUGGGGAACUAGAAGUGCUUUGCAAACUUGGACAUCACCCCAAUAUCAUCAAUCUGCUGGGCGCAUGUGAGCACAGAGGAUAUUUGUACCUGGCCAUCGAGUAUGCCCCUCAUGGCAAUCUGCUGGACUUCCUGAGGAAGAGCAGGGUCCUGGAGACAGACCCAGCCUUCGCCAUCGCGAACAGCACCGCGUCCACCCUCUCCUCCCAGCAGCUUCUGCACUUUGCCGCAGAUGUUGCACGGGGCAUGGACUACCUCAGCCAGAAGCAGUUUAUUCACAGAGACUUGGCAGCCAGGAACAUUCUGGUGGGGGAGAACUAUGUGGCAAAAAUAGCAGACUUUGGUCUCUCUCGAGGGCAGGAAGUUUAUGUGAAGAAGACAAUGGGAAGAUUGCCGGUGAGAUGGAUGGCGAUUGAAUCACUGAAUUACAGCGUUUACACCACAAACAGUGAUGUGUGGUCGUAUGGUGUGCUUCUGUGGGAGGUUGUCAGCUUAGGUGGCACUCCAUACUGUGGGAUGACAUGUGCAGAACUUUAUGAGAAGCUUCCCCAUGGUUACAGGCUGGAGAAACCCCUCAACUGUGAUGAUGAGGUGUACGAUCUGAUGAGACAGUGCUGGAGAGAGAAGCCCUAUGAAAGGCCCUCUUUCUCCCAGAUCUUGGUGUCGCUCAACAGGAUGCUGGAGGAGCGAAAGACAUAUGUCAACACCACUCUGUAUGAAAAAUUCACCUACGCAGGAAUCGACUGUUCUGCAGAAGAAGCUGGAUAAUUUUCACCCUUCAGAAAAGAUGACUGGCAUUGG